CGCUCUCGAGCAUGUGGAUUCCGACGGAGCACGAGAAAUACGGCGUGGUAAUUGCAGGUUUUCGAGGAACAGUCCCUCAUGGCUUAUCACUGGAGAUUGGAGACACUGUUCAAAUACUAGAGAAAUGUGAUGGCUGGUACAGAGGAUUUGCCUUAAAGAACCCAAAUCUCAAGGGUAUCUUCCCAUCCAACUAUGUUCACUUGAAAAAUGCAUGUGUUAAGAACAAAGGGCAAUUUGAAAUGGUUGUCCCAACAGAAGACUCUGUUAUCACAGAGAUGACAUCAACUUUAAGAGACUGGGGGACAAUGUGGAAACAACUUUAUGUGAGAAAUGAAGGGGACCUCUUUCACCGACUAUGGCACAUAAUGAAUGAAAUCCUAGACCUGCGACGCCAGGUACUAGUGGGCCAUCUUACCCAUGAUAGGAUGAAGGAUGUCAAACGGCACAUCACUGCUCGCUUGGACUGGGGCAAUGAACAAUUGGGAUUAGACUUGGUUCCAAGAAAGGAGUAUGCUAUGGUGGAUCCAGAGGAGAUAAGCAUUACAGAGCUUUAUAGACUGAUGGAGCACCGUCAUCGAAAGAAAGACACACCAGUGCAAGUAAGCAGCCACCAUCUCUUUGUUCAGAUGAAGAGUUUGAUGUGCUCCAAUCUGGGAGAAGAACUGGAAGUCAUCUUCUCGCUUUUUGAUAGUAAAGAGAAUCGACCAAUCAGUGAGCGUUUUUUUCUAAAACUGAACCGGAAUGGCUUGCCAAAAUGUCCAGAGAAGCCAGAAAGACAUUGUUCUCUCUUUGUGGAUUUAGGAACCAGUGAACUCAGGAAGGACAUCUAUAUCACUGUGCAUAUUAUACGCAUAGGCCGAAUGGGAGCCGGUGAAAAGAAAAAUUCUUGUAAUGUACUGUACCGACGACCUUUUGGCUGUGCAGUCCUCAGCAUAGCAGAUCUACUGGCAGGCGACACAAAAGACGACCUUAUCCUAAAAGUGUACAUGUGCAACACAGAGAGUGACUGGUACCAGAUCCAUGAAAACAUCAUCAGAAAGCUAAAUGCUCGUUAUAACUUAACAGGAUCCAAUGCUGGCCUGGCUGUGUCUCUUCAGCUGCUGCAUGGAGACAUUGAACAAAUCAGAAGGGAGUAUACAUCCAUGUUUACCCAUGGUGUAUCGAUAACAAGGAAGCUGGGUUUUUCCAAUAUUAUCAUGCCUGGUGAAAUGAGGAAUGAUUUAUAUAUCACAAUAGAACGAGGAGAGUUUGAGAAAGGAGGGAAAAGUGUGGCCAGAAAUAUGGAAGUGACAAUGUUCAUUGUGGAUGGCACUGGCCAAAUUUUAAAGGAUUUCAUCUCCUUUGGCUCUGGAGAGCCACUAGCUACUGAAUUCCACUCCUUUGUGCUGUACCAUAACAACAGUCCUCGAUGGGCUGAGCUGCUGAAACUUCCUAUUCCUGUGGAUAAAUUCAGGGGAGCACAUCUUCGCUUUGAAUUCCGACACUGUUCCACAAAAGAAAAGGGGGAGAAGAAGUUGUUUGGUUUUUCUUUCGUCCCUCUGAUGCAGGAAAAUGGAAGGACGCUGCCAGAUGGCACUCAUGAGCUCAUUGUGCACAAGUGUGAAGAAAAUGUAAGUCUUCAGGAUGCCAGUCGCUACCUCAAAUUCCCUUUUUCAAAGGGACAUCUCCUUGGGAACAACCAUCCUACAGUAAAAACCUCUAAGGAGUCCUUUUGGAUUACAUCUUUCUUGUGUUCGACUAAGCUCACGCAAAAUGGGGACAUGCUUGACCUUCUCAAAUGGAGAGCCCAUCCAGAAAAAAUAGCAGGUUGCCUCUCAAAAUUGAAAGAAAUAGAUGGCUCAGAAAUAGUAAAGUUUCUCCAAGAUACCUUAGAUACUUUAUUUGGGAUUUUGGAUGAGAACUCUCAGAAGUAUGGAUCCCAAGUAUUUGAUUGUUUGGUUCACAUAAUAAAUUUGCUGCAGGACAGCAAGUUUCAUCAUUUUAAGCCAGUUAUGGACACCUACAUUGAAAGUCAUUUUGCCGGAGCUCUUGCAUACAGAGACCUCAUCAAAGUUUUGAAGUGGCAUGUUGAUCGAAUAACAGAAGUGGAGAGGCAAACACACAACCAAGAGGUAUUAAAGGCACAAGAAUAUAUAUUUAAGUAUAUAGUUCAGUCUCGGAAGUUGUUCUCUCUUGCUACUGGAGGACAAAAUGAGGAAGAAUUCUGCUGUUGUAUUCAGGAACUUCUGAUGUCUGUGCGAUUCUUCCUUUCACAAGAAACCAAAGGGGCUUCUGCUUUAACUCAGGCCCAAGCAGUCUUUCUCAGUUCUUUCCCAGCUGUAUACUCAGAGCUGCUGAAACUCUUUGACAUGAGAGAAGUGGCAAACGUAGUACGUGAUACUCUAGGAAGCUUGCCAACCAUCACAAAUGCAGAUGAAUCUCUUCAAGCUGUAAAGCUCCAGUGCAUUGGAAAGAUAGUGGAGAGUCAACUCUACACCAGUCCAGAGUCCCGAUAUAUUCUGCUGCCUGUAGUUCUGCAUCACCUCCACGUGCAUCUGCAAGAGCAAAAGGAUCUGAUCAUGUGCGCACGCAUCCUUAGCAACAUAUUUUGCUUCGUCAAGAAAAAUAGUUCUGAAAAGUCAGUUUUAGAAGAAAUAGACAUAAUUGUGAACAGUCUGCUGGAUAUACUCCUGAGGACCAUUUUGGAGAUCACAAGCCGACCUCAGUCAGCAGGGUCUGCAAUGAGACUUCAGUUUCAGGAUGUUACUGGAGAGUUUGUGUCAUGUCUGUUGUCUUUAUUACGACAAAUGACCGACAGGCAUUACCAGCAACUUCUUGAUAGAUUCAAGAUGCGAGAUGAGCUGAGAGAUUUCUUGUUGCAAAUAUUUACAGUAUUUCGAAUAUUACUGCGACCUGAGAUGUUUCCAAAAGAUUGGACAGUGAUGCGCUUAGUUGCUAACAAUGUUAUUAUUACAACAGUGUUAUACCUUUCGGAUGCCCUUCGUAAAAACUUCUUAAAUGAAAGUUUUGAUUACAAGAUUUGGGAUUCCUACUUUUACCUUGCUGUCAUUUUCAUAAACCAGUUAUGUCUGCAGUUAGAAAUGUUCACACCUUCCAAGAAGAAAAAAGUAUUGGAGAAGUACGGCGAUAUGCGGGUUACAAUGGGAUGUGAAAUUUUCAGCAUGUGGCAAAAUUUAGGAGAACACAAAGUCCACUUCAUACCAGCACUGAUUGGCCCUUUCUUAGAAGUGACAUUGAUACCUCAGUCUGACCUACGGAAUGUAAUGAUUCCUAUUUUCCAUGACAUGAUGGACUGGGAACAAAGGCGCAGUGGCAACUUUAAACAGGUGGAAGCAAAAUUGAUUGACAAAUUGGAUAGCUUGAUGUCGGAAGGCAAAGGUGACGAAACAUACCGAGAACUCUUCAACAGUAUAAUUCCACUGUUUGGUCCUUAUCCCAGCCUGUUGAAGAAAAUUGAACGGGAAACAUGGAGAGAAAGUGGCGUCUCGUUAAUUGCCACCGUAACCCGCCUAAUGGAGAGGCUGCUGGACUACAGAGAUUGCAUGAAAAUGGGUGAUGUGGACGGCAAAAAGAUUGGAUGUACUGUCAGCUUGUUGAAUUUUUAUAAGACGGAAUUGAAUAAGGAAGAAAUGUAUAUUCGGUAUAUACAUAAACUGCAUGAUCUGCACCUAAAAGCACAAAACUUUACAGAGGCUGCGUACACACUGUUGCUAUAUGAUGAGCUGCUGGAAUGGUCAGAGCGGCCACUGAGAGAAUUCUUAAACUAUCCCAUGCAAACAGAGUGGCAACGUAAAGAAUAUCUUCAUCUCACUAUAAUCCAGAACUUUGACAGGGGAAAAUGCUGGGAGAAUGGCAUUAUCCUAUGCAGAAAGAUUGCGGAGCAGUAUGAGAGCUAUUAUGACUACAGAAACCUCAGCAAGAUGCGGAUGAUGGAAGCUUCUUUGUAUGAUAAAAUUAUGGAUCAACAGCGUUUGGAGCCAGAGUUUUUCAGAGUUGGAUUUUAUGGGAAAAAAUUUCCUUUUUUCUUACGGAACAAAGAAUUUGUCUGCCGAGGACAUGACUAUGAGCGCCUGGAGGCUUUCCAACAACGGAUGUUAAAUGAGUUCCCCCAUGCCAUUGCUAUGCAACAUGCCAAUCAGCCAGAUGAGACCAUCUUUCAGGCAGAAGCACAAUAUCUUCAAAUCUAUGCUGUGACACCAAUUCCAGAAAACCAGGAGGUGCUGCAGAGAGAAGGCAUUCCAGAUAACAUCAAAAGUUUUUACAAAGUAAAUCAUAUCUGGCGAUUCCGAUAUGAUAGGCCAUUUCACAAAGGAAUGAAAGACAAGGAUAAUGAAUUCAAGAGUUUGUGGGUGGAAAGAACCACACUGAUCUUAGUGCAGAGUUUGCCUGGCAUUUCUCGGUGGUUUGAAGUGGAAAAGCGUGAAGUAGUGGAAAUGAGUCCUCUGGAGAAUGCUAUUGAAGUGCUGGAAAAUAAAAACCUUCAGCUGAGAACUCUGAUCAGUCAGUGCCAGACUAGACAGAUGCAGAAUAUCAACCCACUCACCAUGUGUCUAAAUGGGGUCAUUGAUGCAGCAGUUAAUGGUGGAGUUUCUAGGUACCAAGAGGCCUUCUUUGUGAAGGAAUACAUCCUGAACCACCCAGAGGAUGGUGAGAAGAUCACCUGCCUGAGAGAACUGAUGCUUGAGCAGGCUCAAAUUCUGGAAUUUGGUUUAGCCGUACAUGAGAAGUUUGUCCCUCAAGAUAUGAGACCUUUACAUAAAAAAUUAGUGGAUCAAUUCUUUGUGAUGAAAUCAAGUUUAGGAAUACAGGAAUUUGCUGCGUGUAUCCAGGCUAGUCCGGUCCACUUUCCAAACGGAAGCCCCCGUGUCCCUAGAAAUUCAGUACCUGUUUCUAUGAGUCCAGAGGGUGCCAGAGUAAUUCCUAGGCGUAGUCCGUUAAGCUAUCCAGCUGUCAACAGAUACUCAUCCUCCUCAUUGUCCUCACAAGCAUCUGCAGAGGUCAGCAAUAUAACUGGACAGUCUGAAAGUUCUGAUGAAGUUUUCAACAUGCAGCCAAGUCCAUCUACCUCAAGCCUGAGUUCCACUCAUUCUGCUUCACCUAAUGUGACCAGUUCUGCUCCAUCCAGUGCCAGAGGGUCACCUCUGUUGUCUGACAAGCUUAAACAUUCCAGAGAGAACUCUUGCCUCUCUCCAAGGGAGAGGCCCUGUAGUGCCAUUUACCCUAAUCCUUCUGAGCCUUCACAGAGGAUUAUGUUCAAUCACAUUGGAGAUGGCGCUUUGCCACGAAGUGACCCUAAUUUGUCUGGUCCUGAGAAGGUGGUAAACAGCACUCCCAGCAGCUGGAGCCUGGACAGUGGAAAAGAAGCCAGAAACAUGUCGGAGUGUGGAAAGUUAAUGUCGCCUCCCGUACCACCACGGCCCAUGCAAACUGCAUCACCAGCUCGACAUAUAACCUCAGUUUCCCCUUCUCCUGCUGGAAGAUCUCCAAUGAAGGGAACAGUGCAAUCAUUUACUCCGUCUCCUGUGGACUAUCAUUCCUCAGGGCUCAUUUCCAACUCCCCAGUCUUGUCAGGAAGUUACAGCAGUGGCAUCUCCUCACUCAGUCGAUGUAGCACAUCAGAAACAUCGGGCUUCGAAACUCAAAUCAGUGAUCACCCAGGACCUAUUUCUAACUGCAACGCUUCAGAGGAGCCAGUGAGAAAAGAAAGUAAGACUCCACCACCUUAUAGUGUUUACGAACGGACAUUGAGGCGUCCUGUCCCUCUACCUCACAGUCUUACCAUCCCCAUUCCUUCGGAUCCUCCAGCUCUGCCACCCAAACCCCUGAUGGCCCGACCAAACAAUCUGGAAAACAGUAGCAAGAGAACUGAACAUGUCCCUCGUCCUAGGCCUCUUCCACGAAAAGUGUCUCAGUUAUAAAAAAGAAGAAGUCAUUUGUAAUGACUUAAGUGGUAAAACACAUCUAACAUAGGCACUUUAAUAAUUUUCACAAAUAUUGUUUGCAAUGAUCUUUUAAAAAAUUGGUUAAUACUAUGUUGCACAUUUUGUCAAAUGAAAAUACUAACAUAGCUUGCCAGUCACU